AUCUGCGGCGCGGCUCGUGCGCAACGCAAACACUCAGCCAGACGUGAUGCUUCUGUUUAAAUAGUGCAGCUGGAUGCCGAGGGUCGCAGAGACACAUCUGAGACAGCAUGGACAGAAACGGGGGCGAGCACGAGAACGUGGAAGUGCUCGCGGUGAAAGGAGAUCUCCAGCACAGGGUGUUUGUUAACAAGAGUGUGACUCUGGAGAAAAUAAAGUGCUAUGGCUUCGACAUGGACUACACUCUCGCUGUAUACAAAUCUCCUGAAUAUGAAGGACUGUGUUUUGAGUUGCUGAGAGACAGACUGGUGUCCAUCGGAUAUCCGCACGAGCUGCUGCGCUACGUGUACGACCCUUCCUUCCCCACACGAGGUCUGGUGUAUGACUCGACCUAUGGGAAUCUGCUAAAAGUGGACUCGCACGGAAAUGUCCUGGUGUGCACUCACGGCUUUGUUUACAUGAGAGGAGUGGAGAUUCAGGAGUACUACCCCAAUGGAUUCAUCCAGAGAGAUGACACAGCGCGAUUCUACAUCCUCAACACACUCUUUAACCUCUCAGAGACUUACCUGUACGCAUGCCUCGUGGACUUCUUCACCAACACCUCCAGAUACCAGAACUGCCUUAAGGGAUUUAAGCACGGUGACCUUUUCAUGUCGUUCAAAAGCAUGUUUCAGGACGUGCGAGACGCAAUGAAUUACAUCCACGACACGGGAUCUCUGAAGGAGAGAACGCUGCAGGAUCUGGAAAAAUAUGUGUUCAGGGAUCCUCGAAUUCCUGUACUGCUAACCCGUAUAAAGGAGGUUGCAAAGGUGUUCCUGGCCACCAACAGUGACUACAGCUACACUGAGGCCAUCAUGAGGUAUUUGUUAGAUUUUCCACAUGGCUCGAAGUAUCCGGAAAAGUCAUGGCGGAUGUUUUUUGACCUGGUGGUGGUGGACACAAGGAAGCCGCUGUUUUUUGCCGGGGGGACGGUGCUGAGACAGGUGGACACGAACACGGGGAAGUUGAAGAUAGGAACAUACACAGGACACCUGCAGCAUGGCACUGUCUACUCUGGAGGUUCCUCAGAUAUCAUCUGUGACUUGCUAGACGUGAAGGGGAAAGAGAUCCUGUAUGUAGGAGAUCACAUAUUCGGAGACAUUCUGAAGUCUAAGAAACGUCAGGGAUGGAAAACCUUCCUGGUGGUGCCUGAGCUGACCAAGGAGCUGCAGGUGUGGACCGACAAACACGGAAUGUUUGAGGAGCUGAGGCAGCUCGAUAUUUACCUCGCUGAGCUUCAUAAGGAUUCAGACUUCGGAAAUGGAUCGGAUGCUAAUCUCAUCCAGAGUAAGAUAAAGACGGUGACGUACGGGAUGGAGCAUUGUUAUGGAAAGAUGGGAAGUCUGUUACGCAGCGGCUCCACAAAAACCCUAUUUGCCAGCCAGCUGCUGCGAUACGCCGAUCUCUACGCUGCGUCCUGCCUCAACCUGUUGCACUACCCCCUCAUCUACCUGUUUAGAGCGCCCUUCGUCCUGAUGCCACAUGAGUCGGCUGUGGACCCUCACACCAAAGACAUAUCCGGCCCGGAUCUCUCAACCAUCCUCCGAAACACAUCCAUCAAGCGGCGGUGUCAGUGUGAUGGUGAUAACUGUGGGCUGGAGAACUGUACAGAACAGGAGAACGCAGCCGUAACCACGGAGACGUGAGCGGCGCUGCUUUUGUUUUUACUUUAAUUAUUUCACUGUUUAACUCAAAGAACCAACACAAUAAACUGCACUUUUCCAACUAGGAACAGAAAAAUGUUACUUUUGCUAAUUACGCCUAUUAGGCACGAACCUCUCAGCAUCUGUAACUCACCACUCUGGGAUGUUAUUAAUGACGAGCUGCAUUGUUGAAUGAAUUAAUCCCUGGAGCUCUUAAAUUCUGUUUGAAUGAGAAGAUUUUAACCCUUUGGUGAUCAAAGUAACAUUUAAAAUGCCACAUGAUGGAAGGUUCGGAUUAUUUUCCUAUAACAGCUCGACCAAGAUUGACUUAAAACGAAUGAUUAACAAUUUUCUUUUAAUUAUUAUAAAAAUUGUUUUUUUUUUUUUUGUUUGUUUAUUUUUUUAAAAAGAGAAUGUUGCAUUUAAUGUUAUGGAACGUUCUUAAGACGAGUCCUGAUCUCGAAGCUAGAUCUAGUUUUUUCCUCACAGCCUUUCUAUUUUUGUCUCUCUUGCAGUUCAUAAAAAAUAAAUAAAUUAAUAAAAAAAAUAAAAAAG